AUGAAUGGCACGCGACAUGCUAUCGCGAACCGAGCGCAGAAACAAUUAACCCCACGCGUGGUUCGCGGAGGUAUGCCGGCGGGGGUGUUCAGGGUUCCGCGGAUGACGCACUCACUUUCCCAGCUAGCUCCGUUUAGUUCACGAUUUCCUGGGUUCGCGCUCGUCUCGUGA